AUCGCAAAAAUGCUCAAGCGUAGAAGGAUUGACAUUUGCUGCCUUCAGGAAACCCGAUGGAAAUCGAAUGGUGUCUGUCAUGUCAACUUAGACAAAGAAAAAUGUAAACUAUUCUGGAAUGGUCAAAAGACAGCCUUAAAAGGUGUUAGAAUUUUUGUCAGAGAACCGCUAGCCAAAAAAGUACUGGGUAUUAAAAGGAUUAAUUCACGUCUCAUGUGGAUCAAGCUUUGCAUAGAAAAGCAAACAAUGAUUAUUUUUUCUGCAUACGCACCACAGACAGGCAAAUCAGAAGAGAUGAAAAAUGACUUCUGGGCUGCAUUCUCUAAUACCAUCUCAACAAUAUCAAAAUCUGAAACAUUACUGAUUGGAAGCGAUUUCAAUGGCCACGUUGGAGAGAAAACAGAUGGUUUUGAAAACGUACAUGGCGGUUUUGGCUAUGGAGAACGGAAUCAACAACACCGAAGGCUAUUGAAAAACGUCAAAGUUAUACCUGGCGAAUCCUGUGUUGCCCAACAUAGACUCCUUGUGGCAGACCUGGUUGUCGAACUGUCAAAACAUAAGUCUAAACAAAUACCUCAGAGAAUCAAAACGUGGAAACAAAAAAGCAAUAUUCAUCGGGAAAAAUUUCAACAGGCUCACUAA